AUGCCGCCGGGGCCGGGGACCGCCCUGGAGCGCGCGGCCGUGGCGAUGAGGUCGUUCCUGGAGGGCCUGGGCAGCCUGGUGUUGCCAUCGUCCGCGAGAGAGCUCCAAGGCGCACGCGCCACCUCCAGCCCGCCCUCGCUGCACGGCGGCGUCGGGGCCGAGGUCGCAGAGGUGCUGGCGGCGGGCGCUGCCCUCGCCCUGUGCCUCCUCGCCCUCGCGGUCCUCGCCACGUGGCUCCUGGCCGCGCGCUCGCUGCACGACCCCAAGGCCGUCUUCUUCGCCAUCUUCGACGACCGCAUCCGAGGCGGCUUCCCCAGCCAGUCGACCGAGACCUGGAGCACGGUGUUGACUGGCGUGAACAGCGUGUUGAGGUCUGCGCCCGAGAGCCCCUGCGUUUUCCUGUUCCUGAGCGGCCCCCGCGCCGAGGACAGCUCCCUGCGACUGGCCAGGGCCCUGGCAGCGGCCGUCAAGGCUGCGUUACGGACCUGGCCGCCGACCUCGACCGCGGAGGACGUGGAGGUGCAGGGCGGUGACUUCAGCUCACACGAAGACUACUGGCACCUCUACGAGACCCUGAGCAGGAGGCUGGAAGAGGAGCGCGUCGUCGUCGUCCGGGACCUGCAGGCCAUGCAUCCGAGGGCCGCCGCGGCCAUCUCGCACCUCUGCGACGACACCUACCCGCCCUUCCCGCAGUCCGUGCUGAUCCUGCUGCUGAGCCCGGGCGCCGCCAUCUACCCCCAGGACGCGGAGCUCGCCAGCGGGUGUGCCGUCGUGCUGGCGGAGCAGUGCCUACCCGCGGAGCCUCCGGAGCCCGUGCAGCCGCCGCACGACGCGCCCUCGGAGCCCCCGGGCCUACCGGGACGCAACGCCGACCGCGGCGGCGUCCACCGGGGACGUGUCGAGCAGCAGGUUCAAUAA